AGAAAAAGAAAAGUGAAUGAGAUUUUGAAUUUAAAAUACACCCUUCCCCAUAUAACAGAAUCCUGAGCACAAACCUAACAAUUCCAGCAAAUGAUCUCCUACCUAUAAACACCUCACCCGCAACCCCACAAGCCUCGUAUCCAAAUCAAAUUCCUCCGCCCCCACCCCACCAGACCAAACCAAUCUCCAGUGCUCCUCUUUCAUGGCAGAAUCCAAUUCCCAAACCACCUCACAAACCCUCAUCGACGGCAACACCCUCGCCGCCAAAUCUCUCGUCGCCUACGGCAUAACCCAUAUGUUUGGCGUCGUGGGUAUUCCGGUAACCUCCUUUGCCAAUCGUGCUGUGGCCGCUGGAAUCCGUUUCGUUGCCUUUCACAAUGAGCAAUCUGCUGGGUACGCUGCCUCUGCGUACGGUUACCUCACCGGUCGGCCUGGGAUUCUCCUAACAGUCUCUGGGCCGGGCUGCGUUCAUGGGCUUGCUGGAUUGUCUAAUGCCAUGAUUAAUACAUGGCCUAUGGUCUUGAUCUCGGGUUCUUGUGAUCAAAACGAUGUCGGUAGAGGUGAUUUUCAAGAGCUUAACCAAAUUGAAGCUGCAAAACCGUUUUCCAAACAUUUAGGUAAAGCUAAAGACAUUAAAGAAAUACCUAAAUGUUUUUUUGAGGCGCUUGAUUCUGCUGUUUUGGGCCGGCCUGGUGGGUGUUACUUAGAUCUUCCAACUGAUGUUUUGCAUCAGACAAUAUCGGAAUCCGAGGCUGAUAGUUUGAUAAAAUCUGCCGCGGAUGUUUCAGAAAUUGAAAAGGGUGCGAAAAAGAUUACUACUGCAAGUUUGGAAGUUGAGAGGGCGGUGGAUUUGCUUAGAAAUGCUGAAAGGCCAUUGAUUGUGUUUGGAAAAGGUGCUGCUUAUGCCCGUGCGGAGAAUGAGUUGAAGAGAUUAGUGGAAAGUACUGGGAUUCCGUUUUUGCCAACCCCUAUGGGAAAAGGGUUGUUGCCUGAUACACAUGAACUUGCUGCUAGUGCCGCGAGGUCACUUGCUAUUGGGAAAUGCGAUGUUGCGCUUGUGGUUGGCGCGAGGCUUAAUUGGUUGUUGCAUUUUGGGGAACCGCCAAAGUGGUCUAAGGAUGUGAAGUUUAUUUUGGUUGAUGUUAGCGAGGAGGAGAUUGAGUUGAGGAAGCCACAUUUGGGCUUAGUUGGAGAUGCAAAAAAGGUGUUGGAAUUGGUAAAUAAGGAGAUCAAGGAGGAUCCUUUUUGUUUGGGGAAGAAUCAUCCGUGGUUGGAGGCGAUUUCAAAGAAGGCUAGGGACAAUGUGUCGAGAAUGGAGGCACAGCUGGCUAAGGAUGUUGUGCCGUUUAAUUUUUUGACGCCAAUGAGGAUUAUUAGAAAUGCGAUCUUAGAAGUGGGGAGUCCUGCACCGGUAUUGGUUUCAGAGGGGGCAAAUACAAUGGAUGUUGGCAGAGCUGUUUUGGUUCAGACUGAGCCAAGGACGAGGUUGGAUGCUGGAACUUGGGGGACUAUGGGUGUUGGUUUGGGUUAUUGCAUUGCUGCUGCAGUUGCUGAGCCUCAUCGCCUUGUGGUUGCAGUUGAGGGCGACUCUGGAUUUGGGUUCAGUGCGAUGGAAGUUGAGACAUUGGUUCGUUACCAGCUGCCCGUGGUCGUGAUAGUUUUUAACAAUGGUGGUGUUUAUGGUGGUGAUCGGAGGAACCCUGAAGAAAUUACAGGGCCUUUUAAAGAUGAUCCAGCACCCACUUCUUUUGUCCCUGGCGCUGCUUAUCAUGUUUUAAUUGAAGCUUUCGGGGGGAAGGGUUAUCUUGUCGGGACACCUGAUGAACUCAAGUCUGCCCUUUCUGAAUCCUUUACUGCAAGAAAGCCAGCUGUAAUAAAUGUCACCAUCGACCCUUAUGCUGGUGCAGAAAGUGGUAGGAUGCAGCACAAAAACUGAGGUAGCCUUCACACCUCUCUUUGUUUUAAUCUGCACAUCCCUUGGCUGAACUGGUUUUGCAGGAUCCCAUUUAAUAAUGUAAAAUCACUCCAGUACCGUCCGUUUCUCCUUUUAGAUCCUCUUCUGCAGGCAUGCAUGCUGAGGAAGCAUAAGUUAGUAAUAAAACAGAGUGUUACAUCUUUUGUAGUAUCCUGACUCGAGCAGGGGUUUGGCAAGAACUAGGCUGUAGUUUGAUAUAUGUGUAUAGGAUUGACAUGGCAGUCAUAUAAUGAUGGUGAUUGAAUUAAGGGCUGGGUUCUCAUUGUACCCUUUUGUUUAGUAUCGUGUAAGCAAAUGGAAUUAUUGCAGCUAAUAAACCAGUUUGUUUAGAGAAUUGCAAUAAAAGAAACAGACUUCAGUAC